AUCGAUAUCUAUAGUUACAUCGAUUUUUUGUCCGCUCUAGAUUGCAAAAAUUUUUGCAUUUAUUUGGCGCGGUCGUUUUUUAAGGCGUAAGUUGUGAAGCCAGGAAAGGCCAGUGAAGGAAAAAAAUUAAAUAAAAUCGAAAACUAUUAAACAAUUAAAUUACAACCAAAAAGAAAAUUCCAACAAUGACAUCAACACAAACAUCCGUCACCAUGACCUCAAAUUCCCGUCCUUCCAGUCGUGUUCUAAAGCCACCAGGCGGUGGUCAUUCCAACAUCUUUGCCGAGCCCGAUGUCAGCGUGAAUGCUCCACGACCCAAGUACAAUCAACAGAACUCUUCCAAUUUAAAUGCCUGCAUGGGCUCCACUGAUCCCAAUGUUGUUGUGGAGAAAUUACGUGAAGAGGUGCAGCAUAAAAAGGAGACUGCCAGUGUUGAUGGGGAUUCUGUCAAAGGCGAGCAAACGAAUUCAGCCAAACAAGCAACUGCCAAUGGUAAUGGUGCUGCUGCUGCCGAUGCUGGUGGUGCCGCCCCGGCCCGGGGACGUGUUCCACCCGGUGGCUUUUCCUCGGGAAGUUUCUGGUAAAGCGUUUAACAACAACUGCAAAAAUACAAAAACAAAAACUAACCAUGACCUAAACGCUUUCAACUUUAAAACCCCAACAACAGAAAAUAUGGAAAUAAGCCAAAAGCAUUUAUAACUCAAUCUUUUACUGUGUGUAUGUACAUUAUUAUCAUUAUUAUUAUAUUCUUGAAAAAUUUAUAUUCAAAUACUGCCUAUUUAUUAUUGUUUGUUGUCUCCUCGCCAACCGGGGAGGUAAAACCUAAUUACAAGAUAUUUGAAAACCUUAAUUAAUUUUUGCGCUACGAAUUUCCAUUAGUUUUAAGUGACUUUCUUUGUCUGAAGCUUUCUCCGUAACUCAUUGUUGUUUUUUUUCUAUUCUUUGUUCCAAAAAUUUUUUGUGUGUUCCAUUUUUUUGUAACGAAAACAAGUAUUAUGAUUCUAGGUUCUUAACCGUUUUUCGUUUUCUUUUUCAAUCCUCUGUUUUACAUUUAUAUUACCUACUUAUUGUUCUGAAUGUCCCUCCAUUGUGCAUUUUAUGUGUAACUUUAUAUUAAAGACCACUUUUUAACUACAUUAUAAUAUGAAAUGAAAUAAAAAAGAAAACUUUUUUGGUA